ACUUGACAGUGGGGGCAGAGGGUCAACAGCAUUGCCUACUUUGUUCAAGUCUCUCCGGGACACGAGGUAGACCAGGUGCUUGAUGCCACAUAAUUUUUAUUUCUCACCGAGUUUACGGCUAAAGAUAUCAUUGGAAUGCACCAGGAAUUAUGAGGUCUCAGCCUUCUCUUUUUAUCUGUCUUCUCGUCUUAACAGCAUGGGACACAGUGGUUCUUGCCCAAUUCGUUUAUGAGUGCCCUCUGGACUGGCCUGCUUUUGAACACACCUGCUAUCACUUCGUGUCCUACCCUCUUCGACCAUUUGACGAAGCCUCCCAGUCAUGCCGGUCUGACGGCGCCAGGUUGGUUAGUAUCAACAGCCCCCAAGAGCAUCAGUUUAUUGUCAACUAUCUCGCCAAACAUCAUAGCUCAGGACAAGACCGGUGGUACACAAGUGGGGUGGACACCGCAGGGCAGAGAAAGUGGUUGGGAGAUGACCAGCCGAUGAGCAACGAUGCUGUUUACUGGAACAACCUUGAUGACGCCGCUCCCUUGCAGCAGAAUACGGAGCGCCACCUGGUGUACGAAUACUCAGAGAGUCGGAGAACUUUCGGGUGGGCGUGGACAGCGAGAACUAAGGUCCUGGCAUUCAUCUGUGAAAUAAGCCAGAAGGAAAUAUACCGUGUUUAUCAGAAAAACAGAGACUUUUCUUAUGGGAGCGAACUCCAAAAUCCUAACGACUGGAUAACAGGACCCAAGAUACUAUUCCAGUCCAAAAGCGUUGUGUUUGCCGCAAGAGUGGACUCCAUUAGCAUUGAAUGUUCGGCAAGCGGCAACCCGGCCCCACACUACCAGUGGUUUAAAAACUUUGGGAAAAGUGAUCAAGUAUCGAUAACUGGGCAGACGAACACUCGUUAUACAGUGACAAACGGUCGUCUGACUGUGGACAUCCCCAACGAGAGACAAGACUCUGGAGAAUACACCUGUGUGGCCGAGAACACCGCCGGCAAGGUCUUCAGUGGCCCCAUACAGGUAGCCGGAGGAUAUGUUGGAGAGUUCUCCAACGAUAAGCCAGGUACGCGCACUGCUCUUAAAUACCAAGGAGCAGUCCUGGACUGCAAGCCACCCAGUUUUAAUCCUGCUCUGGUUUACCAGUGGAUGAAGGCCAACCGGUUCCUUCGCCCUGAGAUGAACCCGCACACGUUUCUAUCGGAGAACGGGAAGCUGUACUUCUCCGAGGUGCAAGAAGCAGAUGCUGCGGACUACCACUGCAUCGUGACGCUGGUGGCUCUACCCGGCCAGCAGCUGGCCACCGCCCAACCUUUGACCCGCAACAGCCUCGGCAUCCGCCUGCAGGUUGCUGGAGAAAGCUCUAACACCUUUGGACCGGAAAUCCACAACGAUUUUCCUGCUGUCUUUCCUCAAAACCCACUCGCAGGACAAGAUUUGAGACUGGAAUGCUUAGCUUAUGGGCGCUUGCCACUGAAUUAUGUGUGGUCACGGGUGGAUGGAGACCUGCCCAUGGACCGUGUCACAUUUGAAAGUCUCAACCGGAUCAUGCUCAUACGGGACCUGCGGCUGGAGGAUAGCGGGGAGUACACGUGCACCGUCAGAGGACCCAGUAACGUGGACUCGCGCAACAUCACCGUCAACGUGGAAGCUUCCCCUUACUUCCUGUUCCAACUGAGAGAUCAGCAUCUUGAUGUUGGAAGUCAGCUGACCUGGGUGUGUGAUGCAGUAGCUAUCCCGACAGCCACUUAUACCUGGUACAAAGAUGGACAGAUGCUGACCACCAACACAGACAAAGAUAUAACGGUGACGGGCAACGUUCUGACGAUCGGCAGUGCAGACGCCAGUAAACACAACGGCAUGUAUGAGUGUUUGGCACACAACAUGUUUGGCACAAACACCAGCGCUGCCCAAGUCAGAGUUCUAGCAUUCAAACCAUCUUUUGACAAAAUGCCGGUUGCCAGCACCUUAUCCGCGUCUGUGGGAGGAAACAUCACCAUCCACUGUCGGCCGGAGGCUGCCCCUCCGCCUGUCAUCACGUGGACGCACAACGGGGCUUCGGUGGCAGGGAGUGGACACGCACAGCAAAUGCAGAAUGGAGAUUUAGUUCUGACCAGCCUGUCGAUAGGAGACUCCGGCACCUACACUUGUACAGCUGAAAAUUCCUUGGGAUCAGCUUCAUCUUCUGGCCAGCUUACAGUAUUAAGCACCACAACUCUCAGCUACGCCCCACAAGCACAGGAAGUGUUCCAGAACGAGACUGCGCAUGUCAGCUGCCAGGCUUCCUACUCCGUCAACAGGACAGACCUCGCGUACGUCUGGUAUUUCAACGACAAGCUUCUCGACUUUGACAUCGACCCCUCGUACAAAAUAGGCGACGCUAGAGGAAUCAACGGCCUGUAUAUAGUGGGCGCCCAGUUUAAACACGAGGGUUGGUACGAGUGUCGCGCUACGACAGUCUUUGACAGCAUCGGCGGCAAAGCCUACCUCACCGUCAAAGGGCCACCAGAGGAGCCGGGGGGCCUGCACGUGCACCAGAUGCUGAACAGACAGGUAGAACUGUGGUGGCAGCCAGGUAGGACUCGUGGCGACGUCGUCACGCAGUACCUCAUCGAGUACAGGAGCGACAUCAGUCCUACCUGGCGAACUCUCGAGGCGGGAAUCAGCGCCUCCGCAACCAUGAUCAACGAAUACCCACAGUGGCGGAGUUACACCACUGGGGACACGCUCUCCCCCGGAUGCUCUUAUCAGUUCCGAGUGUCGGCUGCCAGUCAGAACUUUGGUUACGGCCACCCGAGUCUACCAUCAGACUAUGUCAAACUGCCUGACGCCGCGCCAAUCUAUGCAACAGACUUAGUUACAGGUGGAGCAGGGUCUGUAGGGAUGCUGAACAUCCGGUGGAAACCUCUGCCACCUGAGCAGCAUGGAGGCAGUGGGCUGUACUACAAGGUGUACUGGCGUCUACACGACCAACCAACUGAGAAAUGGCGCAAUAGCACACAGAAGGUGUACGGCGACAACGUGGACCGCGAUGGCAUGCUUGCCUUUCAUCAGUUGGUGGGCACGGAGAUGUACUACACACCAUAUGAUGUCAUGGUCCAGGCCAUCAACAAUGUCGGUCCAGGACCCAACAGUUCUGUUGAAGUCGUAUAUUCUGCUGAAGACUUGCCACAAACAACACCGCAAAAGGUGAAGAACUCUGCCAUAAACGCAACCGCUAUGAUGGUGACAUGGGAGCUACCUAACAGAACAAGGGAAGACCUGAGGGGCAAAAUCUUGGGGUUUCAGGUCAACUACUGGGAUAUGAAUGAAGAGAGAACCAACUCCUGGUAUUACCGUACUUACGGCGAGGAGAUGAGAGCCGUAGUCAUCGGUUUGAAAGGCAACGGCGACUACUGGGUGGACGUGCAAGUCUUCAACACCGCGGGCCUCAGUCGGCCUAGCGGCAGAACGUACAUGCCACCCAACUAUGACCCGCCUCACGCGUAUCCGGACUUCGUGACGGUCAGUUCGGACGGCCCGGAAAGUGUCAGGGUGUCCUGGCGAGGUGUUUCCACUACCAUUGUGGAAUCACCUGUCAAAGGCUACAAGAUCUGGUGGUGGCCGUCCACAGACAACAUCCGAACCGCAAAAGAACUCAAGCUGCGGAAAGUCUUCAGUGGAGUCUUGCACGGUGUCGAGAAGGAUACCCUCUACAAGCUCAGGGUCUUGGCCUGGGGAAUAGGUGGUGAUGGAGCAAAGUCUGUCCCGACAUACUUCACCCUUGGUGGGCAGAUACAAAUGGACCCCUUAACUAGCGAGGUUCUGGCCUCCUGUGGACUGACGAAGCCCUGUCUGAUUAUUCUUCUGCUGUGUCAUUUCGCAAUCCUUCUAUCCCGCACGAUGUACAGCUGAAGAGAAGUGCAACCCGAUUUCCGUGUCACGCCCGACACAAAAAAGUAUUCAUACGUACAAACAAAUUCAUGCUUUACAUAACAAUAUUCAUUUACAAAUACAGGAAUGAGAACAAGACUAGCAUCCUGUAAAAUCUUAUCGCAGCUAAAAGAUUAAGACGCCGAACAAGACUGAUAUCUAUAAGUGACUUUUCUAGGGAAGGUCACAUGCUGCAUCGUGUUCACAUUUAUCAAACAGUCCUUUUUUCCGAUAUCAUAUUUCCUUGGGUAACACUAGGUAGCUGCUUGACUACUUUUUAAGCCAUCUCUUUCUCUUCUUCCACAUCCUCCAGUAAGUGAAACUCACGUGUAUUUUUCAUUUACGAAAUUGUCCAAUGACUUGUCCUCCGUGACUAUAAGUGUUAUCAGGUUUUCUUUCACAAGAGGUUAAGCAAUAACUGAGUGCACAUGUACCAGCGAGGGACGAGGGACAAGAGUGUGACAGUGUGUGAAAUGAAGCUCAAUGAACUUUAUUAAGACUAAAAUGGAAAGUCGGGGAUUUGAGGCACACGGCUGCCAUAGCGAAUACAUCUUUCCUAGUUGUUUCAGUAAAGAAAUGUGUUCUAUUGUUUGUACAUGGUAUUCAUAUAAUCGGAUUGUUGAAUUAUUAUUCAAUUUAACGUCCGAUUCUGAUUUGAUUAAUGAUCUACUGUUUAUGUAACUUGUUCAUAAUUCGCUUUUACGUAUAUGAUAUAACGUGGCAGAUAUAAUAAAUAAAACUUUGAUUUAUUUUUA